AUGGGGUUAGCAUUAGCACCAAGCAUUGAGCGUUCAUCAACUUUUACUAUCGAGCCUGCAUCAAACCAUACCCACAGCUUCGUUCUUCUCCACGAACUAGGGUCCAAUGGCCGUGAAUUUGGGGAAGAGCUUAUCGAGACGAGCCUCACCUCCGCCGGCAAGAAGCUGACGGAAAUCUUCCCCGGCGCGCGCUUUAUAUUUCCUACUGCUGGUUAUCGCCACCUCAUGCCUGACAGCCGGAGUAUAGUAAGGCGAGCGAACUCGCAUGGGUGGUUCGAUAUAGCCUCUUUAGAUGACCUUUUCUACCGACCUUAUUCCCAAGUCAAGGGGCUUGUGGAGUCACACGAUGAAAUAACCCGUCUGAUUAAGGACGAGUGUCAAAAGGUCUCUUACGAAAACGUCGUCUUGGGUGGUUUUGGUCAGGGAUGCGCGAUGGCGUUGUUUUGCCUUCUUACGUCCUGGUUUCCGUUCGGGGGAUUCGUGGGGAUGGGCGGAUGGCUCCCGUUCCAGCCUGACAUUGACAUCCUCAUCGGAAGCGAAAGCGAGACGUUUGUGUUUGGUGGUAAGGUUGGCCCUGUCGAGGAAUAUAGCUUUGCAUCAACUGAACAAGAGCAUAUCCGUGCGAAAGGGAACCCAAUUGUUCCGGUCGUCGAGCUUUUCGACGAUUUGCUAGAUCCAAAUGGCAUUCCACAUUUUGCCGAUAGGGGGACGUCGUUGUCUACACCGAUAUUCCUCGGGCAUGGUGCUGAAGAUGAAAAGGUCGAGAUGUGCAAUGGAGAGGCUGCGCAGAGAGUCCUUAAGGCGGCAGGAUUCGACGUUUCGUGGAACAUCUAUCCGGGACGGUAUCAUUGGUAUAAUAUUCCAGACGAGAUAGAUGACAUAGUAACUUUUAUCCGGGAAAAGUGUACUAUCAUAUGA